AUUUUAGGCCAAACCGACUAUUUAAAGAAUUUAUAUUUUGUAUAUUUAUUGGAAUUACGGGCUCUCCAUAAGAGUGAACCCUAUUUGCUAAACAAAGUCAAUUGGCAGUCAAGUGGUGACCAAUCGCUCACCAAAGAGGCCAUUAAAGACUUGCUCCGAACAGUCAAGAAAUUCAAGUUUCAUUUCAACGAAUCAAUUCUAUUCAAACAACAGCCGCCAAACGUAGCUCAAGAAGUGGGCCAACACUUUCAUAACAUCACUACUAAUAUAAUGGAUUGUGUGGCCUGUGAUAGGUGUCGACUAUGGGGUAAAGUGCAGACUCACGGACUCAGCACUGCGUUGAAGAUUCUGUUGACGGACGACAUCGACAAACUGCGUCUACACCGACACGAGAUCACGUGUUUGGUCAACGCUUUGGCCCGACUGUCGAACAGUAUAUCGCAAUUGGAAGUGUUUAAGAAGCUGUUGACCAACAAAUGA